AUUUUUUUUAUUUCUAUGGAAAAUUUCUUUUCUUUAUCUCUUAGAAUGGACGAAAAUCUUCAAUGCCAGUUUUUGUCUUGGUGGUGGAUGUCAAACCCUCCAUUCUGAUUGUUUUCACUUACUUACAGUCCGCCCAUCUGUACUCAAUGUAAAUUCUAAAUAUUUCUUCCUUUAUAACUGCUAAUUCUGUUUCUGUGCUACUUAGUAUUCUCCAUCGAUUUACCUUAACGGUUGCUGAUAUUUUCGUUCAUUCAUCUCAAGUUGUUUACAUUGCUGCUAUCUUCACAUUGGUUCAAUUCUACUCACAGCGAAUAACUAUAAGGAAUUAAAAAGAAGAAAUUUCUCAGCAUUUAUUAAAAUGGAAUACAAAAGUCGUUCUGCAUCCAUUUCGAAGGUUUUUCAGUAUUUUCAACCUUCUCAACAAGAAAGCGCUCAAACAUUAUCAGAAUCAAACCUUAUAGAUACACUAAGAACUGAUUUUUAUUCUUCUAUUCGGACGCAACUUUCUGAAAACCAUCCUGCUAGUAUCGAAGAGUUGCAAAAUCUUAUUCAAAACCUCUAUGCUUUUUGGUUUUCUUACAAAGACUACGUUGGAAAAGAUCCCACUAUUCAACUUGAACAUGUCCAGCAAUGUUUCUGGAGUCUCUGCCGAAGACAUUUACCGCUUGACCAAAUACGGAAGCCCUUAUUCGCUUACCUAAAGAAAAUCUUGAGUUUAUGGUCAGAAAAUGAGUCGAAUUCUUAUCUUGGCUUAGAAGACUUUUUCCACCUUUGCGAAAGGCUACGACAGUUGGGUCUGGCUUCAGAAUUGAAGGAAACCUUCGCUCUAUCGCUGAAAGAUCAUGUUCAAACCCUUCUGUAUGAACGUUACGGGUCUCAAUGGGACUAUGGAGUUUAUCAAGAAGCAGCUGAAUGGAUUAGAAGUGAACUUACACUUUUGGUAGAGCAUGUCUCAUUCCUCUCGACAGCUUCUGUACAUUCUCAGCUGGAUCAGUUGGUUUCCAAGCUUUUAGGAAGACUUCGAUCCGACUCUAUUUUUGAUAUAGUGUUAGAGUAUCCUCGAUCAUCCGGAGCUAUAGAAGACUUAAGACUCGCUGCUCGCCAACCUGAACAACGUCAGUACUUAGUAGAAAGGUUUAUGUCUACUUGUGAAAAAAGUAUUUUGAGGCCGAGCAAGGAUACUUCUUCGAUCCUUGUUUUUUAUGUUUCAACUAUACGGUGUUUUCUCGCAUUAGAUCCUCCAGGGGUAUUAUUGGAUAAGGCCGUAAAACCUAUCCGUACUUUUCUCAAUGAGCGAGAUGACACUAGUAAAUCUUUAGUCUACCUUCUUUUCAGCAAAUCCAAAAAUGGCUUAUCAUCCGAGCUAGCAAAAAUCCCAGCGAGCAACGUGGAUGCUGCUUCUGAUCGAAAUGAUUACCUUAAGUGGAUGCCAGAUCCCAUUGAUGCAGCUCCUGACUUUCGGAAACCUACGGAUAAAGAUAUUAUUGCGAGCCUAAUAUCUAUUUUCAAGAGUAAAGAAACACUAAUUAAAGAACUGCAGCUCUUGCUUGCGGACCGUUUAUUACAAAUUACGGAUUAUAAUUACGAUCACGAAUCCAAAAACAUAGGAUUCUUGAAAUAUCGUUUUGGGGAAUCCACGCUGCAAAUGUGUAAUGUAAUGCUUGAAGAUAUUAGAAAAUCGAAAUCGAUUGAUGAGUUCAUCCAUGGAAGGAAAGAUGUGUCACCCGUGUUUCAUGCGACUAUUUUAUCUAGAAUCUUUUGGCCUAAUCUUGUAGUUCGGCCGUUCCGUGUGCCCAAAGCAAUCCAGGAAGAACUCAAUAAGUAUGCCGCUAGUUUUUCAAAGAAAAAAAAUAAACGCGAGCUGGUUUAUCUUCAAAACCUGGGAACCGUGGAAUUGGAAAUUACGCUUGAAGACAGAACGUUGGAUUUAUCAGUUACGCCUGAGCAAGCUACGCUAAUAUCUUUAUUCGAAGAGUCACUGACACUUAGAUUGGAAGAUGCUGCGGAAAAACUUGAUCAGUCAGUCGAUAUCGUAAAGAAGCAUAUUAAUUUUUGGGUUCACCAUCAAGUAUUGACAUUGGUAAAAGACGAUGUGUACGGUGUUCGCGAAACACAACAAGAAGCGGCUAUUGUUGAUACAGUUAUUGAAGACGAGCCUGCUUCAGCCGUUCAAUCACAAGCGGAAGUAGCAGGUUCAGAAAUGCGUGUUUAUUGGUCCUUUGUGGUCGGUAUGCUUACGAAUCUUGGCUCUUUGGAGUUGGAAAGAAUUCACAACAUGUUGACAAUGUUUAUACCGCCGCCAAAUGGGUACAAUCGAACGCAAAAUGAAUUACGAGAGUUUCUUGCUUUGAUGGUCAAAGAAGACAAGUUGGAGUUUACUGGAGGUGCGUAUAAGCUAAAGUGAUCUUCUUUUCUUUAUUUGAUUCCAUUCCUUAACGAUUUCCACUCAUGCUUAUGAAAUAUCCUAUCUAAUGAAAGCCUGUUUUGCUAGUUAUUGUAAUUUUUUAUCUCAUAAGGUAAUGAUAUUGAACUCAUGCGCCGACA